GCAUUAAUUUAGCGACGAUGAACAUGACCUACACAUUUGGUGAUAAGGCUAACAUUUUGGACUAUUUAGUUAUAAAUUUCAUGUAUGUGGGUUAUAACGAUGGAAAGGAUAUUAUUGCUUGGUUUACUCAGAUUUAUUUACGUAUCUGCCGAUUUAAACAGUAGGGCAGACUGUGGAAACGUGUGUGCCGAUGGCUGGACAAGGUUUCAGGACUCAUGUUACUAUGUCGGCUAUGAGCUCCACGAGACCUUCGUAGAGGCAGCACAUUUCUGCAGACAACACAGUGCUCAUCUUAUUCAUAUUAAUACAGAACUUGAAAGUAAAUUCAUCAAAGAUUUUCUUCGUAAAACUAAAGCCAGUACUUCCUGGAUUGGUCUCCAAGACAUUGACAUUGAAGGGGUUUGGCGAUGGUAUGAUGACAAUGAAGUAGUGACAUACACGGAUUGGCAUCCCGGCGAGCCAGCUGGGUCUACCGGUGAAGACUGUGCUGUUAUACACUCUGGUGAUUAUUUGUGGCAGGACUACCCGUGCGAUCGUACUUUCCCACCUAUUUGUGAACGAAACAUGAAUGAAGACCUCUCUGGCAUUGUUGGCUGAAGAUACUAGACGACAUGUGACUCUUUCUAAUGGCAUUGUUAAAACAAAUAAAGACAACAAAAUUGAA